AUUAUUAUAAUUAUCGUGGUAACAUGUUCACUUUUACUAGGAUCUCAGAAUUUAAGACACAGCACUGUGGUUAAAUAUAGAUCAAUGAGACUGGACACUGUUUUAAGUUUAAAGUUAGCUCGGAGUUAGCCCAGUUAGGGCUCUUAGCUUAGCCGCAAAUCUCAUUCGAAUGGAGCUGAUUGUAUGUGUAUAAAAAUUGAAGAACUUUCGGUCAGAGAUGCCUUUACCAAGUGGGAAUAAAGAACCGGAUGACAGUCAAACAUGGGAAUUAGCAGAAAGAUGUUUUCUUCCAAUUGCAUUUUCUCAUGCAGUUGCAGUUAUCUUAGCAACUAUACUGAAUACAUUAGGUAUAUCGCAAACAUCCAGUUUUGUGCUAUUUCUCUUACUUCUGGUUAUAUCCAUAGGAUCUACAUUGUUUUAUCAUAACUUGAAGGUAACAGCUGCUGGAAAAGCUGUGCUUAUUACUGGAUGCGAUUCGAGAGUUGGAUAUACUUUGAGUAAACAAUUAGAUGAAUUGGGAUUUACAGUGUUUGCUGGAUUCUGUAACAAAGCAGAAAAUGAUGAAACAAUGCAGAAAUUGAAACAGGAAACAUCUGGCAGGUUGCAUAUAUUACAGUUAGAUGUUACUAGUGAACAUGAUAUUCAUUCAACCUUUCUUUACAUUAAUGAAAAUUUACCAGAUGGUGCACCAGGUUUAUGGGCGUUAGUACAUGCUGCAGCUUGGGUGACCUUAGGUGAAUGCGAAUGGGUACCUCCUUCUGUAUUAAAACGCAGUAUAGACAUCAAUUUUAUUGGCCUUGCUCGAUUAACUCAGGUUUUCCUACCACUCGUCAGAAGGUCUAAAGGUCGUGUUGUAUUAGUUAGCAGCCUGUUAGCUCGUAUACCCAGCCCAGUUCGUGGGAUUUAUUGUGCAGUCAAGGCUGCAGUCGACGCUUGGGGAACCUGUCUUAGAAUGGAGAUGAGAAGGUGGGGCGUAGAUGUGGUAAUUAUCGAAACCGGUGAAUACGUAUCUGGAAAUGCAUGGUUAAAAGAUAAUAGCGCAUUACUUGAACAAGCAAGAGAUAUGUGGACUCAGUUAGAUCCUCAGACUCGUAAAGAAUAUGGUCAAGAAUUAUUUCAGAAAGAAAUGUUGGCUCUCGAAAAAUAUACGCAAGGUCCAGAAGCAGAUUUGACGCCGGUAACUAGAGCUUUAACAGAUGGUAUAAUAAAAACUUUUCCAAUGAGAAGGUACACACCAGUUUCCCGUAAAGAGAGGAUACAGGCUUUGUGUAGCGAUUAUCUCCCAAAACCAGUUUACGAUAUAUUAUACACAAAUUAAUGGAGAACAAGUUUGACAAUUGAAUUAUUAGCGUUUAACAUUAUGUGAAACGACCAAUAAAAAUAUAAUUUAUGUAAUAUCAACAAAUAACGAGAUAAUUAUUCUGGUGUGACUUUUAGAUGAAUUUUUAUGAAGAAAGAAAUUUUCCUUCAAAAACAAUUACUAUCUAAAUAAAUAGUACACAAUAUUGAAA